CUCACGUAUUUUCUUACUUGCUUCAAUUGCUGCUCCCCGUUUCUUCCUUUCAUUUUCAACCGUCUGCUUCUCCUCGUUCUUUCUUUGUUCUAUUUGCGUUGUGCAUCGAAUUUCGAGUGGACACACCAACUGUAACGGUCUUUCGAGAGUGUGUCCCUUGUGUAAAAGUACCACGCCACGCACCACUCCGUCCUUACCUUUGACUUGUCGCACUACCUUUCCCUUCUUCCAGUCGCUCCUGUUCUUUUCUUCUCCCACGACUAAAACUACUUCACCGACUUCAGGCGUGUUAACUGGCUUUCCGUUUACUCGUUGGUUUUCCAUUAAACUGUGUACGUAUUCUCGUUGCCAUCUUUUCCAAGCGUUGUUCUUUGCUUUGGCGAUUCUCUUUUGCAUCUUCGUAAGCUCGUCUACGUCAUUCUCUAUGUCAUCAAGAAGGUAAGUGUUUCUCCCUCGGAUGAGAACGUUUGGCGUUAGUACUUCUUCCUCCCCACUUUCGCUUUCGACAUAGGUUAAUGGACGAUUGUUCAUAUUAAUUUCAAUGUCCAUGAGGACCAUUUCCAAAUUCUCGAAUGAAAGGUGCGAUCUUCCAAGGGUCUUAUAAAGGGUCUUCUUUACUUCCAGAAUCAAUCUUUCAUAGAUCCCUCCCCACCAAGGGGAUUUAGCAAGGUUGAAUCUCCAGUGUAUACCUUCUGCUGCUAGGAAAUCGUGCAAUUUCCCACUCUUUCUAAUGGCUUUGAUUAGUUUGGCUGUCGUUUUAAAUGUCGCUGCGUUGUCCGAUAUCAUUAAUCGAGGUCUUCCUCUUCGAGCGAUGAAUGAGUUGAGCUUUCGUUGGAAUUCCUCUGCUUCUUGGCUCUUGGUUAGUUCCAGGUGGAUCGCUCGAGAUGCUGCACACGUGAAGAUUAAUACAUAGCACUUUCCCUCUUCUCUCUUACUGAUUUUGUAUCUUAACGGCCCGGCGUAAUCGACACCGGUGACUUCGAAUGGUUCGCUAGAUUCUGUUCUAAAGCUGGGCAUGUUGCUCGUCAAUGGUGACCCAUACGGCUUCGUGGAAUACAACUUGCAGAUAUUGCAAUUGUUGAUUAAUUUUUUGACCUUUGAUCUAAGUUGUGGUAUCCACCACUGUUCUCUCAAAGCAGCCAUAGUAUUUGCGACACCGAAAUGUUUGAUCUUGCUGUGGGUGUGAGCUAUUAGCUUUUCUACGAACAGUCCUCCGUCAAGGUAUAUUGGCUCGUAUCCAUUUACUCUUCCUUUACACUUGAGAACUUUCGUCACUUCGUCUUCGACGAUUCUCCAACCUGGCGCUUGUAAUUCAGGGUUGACACCUUGUUGUACUCUCCUUACCAGAUGAUCUUGAUACGCGGAAAAGUACUGGCACUAGUUGUCAAAUAGAAAUCCAUUUUAUGAUUAAAACAACGGAAUAUCUCCUGUAAUAUACUUUAUUUCGAUUCCAUAUUUUUGUCAGAGCUAUAGUUCUCAUAACCAAACAUAAUUACAAAAUUUCAACUAGUUUCAUAAAAAAUAACGAAAUUAGAUAUAAUUGACUGAAUACAUCAAAAUGGAUUUCUAUUCGGACAACCCUUUCUGAGCGCUGAUUGGCUAAAAUACGAACUCGAGAUCACCUGGUACCCAAGCGUUUCUUGCAACUGUAAUUUCUUCGCUUACAAGAGACCCGAUCGCUUUUGGUUUCGACGAACUCUUGCCAAACAGUUGUUUAGAAAUCUUAAUGCCCAUGAUGUUACUCGCAAUGUACGCCAGUAUGUAUUUUUUUCUAACAAAGCGUCCCAUUCGUCUGGCUCCCAAUCUUUCGUAAACAGUGCUUGCUCUUUAAUUGGUUUGCAUUCUUGACUGACAGAUGUAGUUACUUUCAAAUUGGGUUGCUCUGGCCAUUGUUCUUUCUCUAAUAACCAAUCUGGACCGUUAAACCAGCUUCCGUUUUGCAAUUUUUCCAUGGUUGCUCCUCUGCUCCCUAGAUCAGCAAGAUUCUUAUUUGACGGACAAUAUUUCCAAAUGAUACCAAGCUCGUUGGUUAUCUCAGCUAUCUUCUUGAUUCGACUGGAGACGAACGUCUUCCAUGGUUUCCCUGGAUUGGUCAACCAGUAAAGCACUACCAUGCUAUCUAACCAGAUCACAAUGGUCUUGAUUGGUUGCUGGUGAAGAGCGUUACGUAAAUUCUUCGACAUGUUCGCAGCCAUGUGAGCUCCUACGAGUUCCAAUCUGGGUAUAGAAGUGUUUCUUUUUGAAAUCCGGGACUUCGAUGUCAGCAACCCUUUGAUCGUUCCGGAUGAAUGUUCAACUAGUGAUCGUUCCGGAUGAAUGUUCAACUAAAUGCAGAACAUGCGAGAUUGCUUGCGUCGGCAAACACAUGGAGCUCGAUAGCCUUCGUUUCCUUCGAAUUUCCUGUUAAGCUCCUCGGUACUUUCACGUUAUUUAGUUGUUUGUUCCAUUUGUGCCACUGUAUCUUCAAUUCUGGUGAAACCUCGGCAUUCCAUCCCUUUUUCUCUUCACAAGCCUCUCUGUAAAUGUGUUUUCCUUCGUCCAUCGUGGGUGAUAUUAUUCCCAAUGGGUCGUAGACUUUGCCAAGCUGACUCAAGAUGCUUCGUUUCGUAACUGAUUCUGUCUCAGGUACUGCUAGUACUUGUAUUUCUAGAGUGUCUUCACGCUUGUCCCAAACAUGACCAAGAAUUUUGCUAGGAUUUGACAUGUUCUCAUCCUCUAAUGUCGCGAUGUUUGACUCCCACUUGUGAAUCGGUAAUUUUGCACUCUCAAGAACAACUUCACUUUCUUUCUUAAACUUCUCCAUGUUAUUUCCCGUUUGCAUGAUAUUGUCCACAUACGUAUUUUCUCUAAGGGCAAUCACUGUUUCCUCGAAUUCUGGUGAUUGCUGGUCGUAGUGGUAUUCUAAUGUAGCACCGAGUAAGAAUGGGCUGGCUUCAACCCCAAAUGGAACUCUGGCGAACCGGAAAUGUUCCUCUUUUUCGUCGCGCUCGAAGAGAAAUCUGAAGGCAUCUCUGUCUUCUUCUUUGAUUGCUAUCUGUAAAAAGGCUUUUUGAAUGUCUGCAAGAAGCAGAUUUGACGACAUUCUUGCUCUGACCAUAAUAUCCCACUGGGCCUCCCCAGUAAACAUACAAUUGUUAAAACUGGAUGCUAGUGGAUGGGGUUUGGAGCUCGCAUCAAAGACCAUUCUCACUUUCGUUGUCGCUGCGUCUUGCCUUACGACUGGCUUGUGUGGCAUGUAGUACACUGGCUCUCCUGACGGCUCGUCUGGGGCUUUCUCAAUCACACCGCUUGCUAGUUGAUCAUCGAUAAUCUUCUCAUAUUCUUGCUUCAGGUUUUUGUCUUUCGCUAACUUUUUGUUCACGUUGAACAGUCAUCUUCUGCUUGGCUGUUCGUUUGUAGUUGUCAACUUACUCCCUAGAAUCCAGGGGCGGAUCCAGCUUUUUGGAUGACAGGUUUACUAGGUCCACACAACGACUAGGGGGGUCCGGGGGCAUGCUCCCCCGGGACCGGAAAUUUUUAAAACUUGGGCCUCUGAAACAGCCUUUCCUGCGUUCUGGUGUCACUUUUUAAAUUAAUUUAAUGGUUAGAAAAUACAUGUUUUUAAGAUAAUUUUGGACUAAUACGCAGCUCCGAACAAUGAAUUGAAUCUUUUCAGAAACUUAUUAGCUUGUAAUAAAAAUUAGGAUUGGCAAAUUGCUGACGCAUUGAUAUUUAUUAUAAGUACAACAAGUAGAGCAUACUAGAUGCUUUAAUAUAAACAUAGUUGUAAUCUUAUAGUUGUAUUGUAAUGUAGUUAUAAUUAUACGCUUUCAAACCAACUUUACAAUGAAAUAGAAACCAAACUGCAAGAGCGUCAAAGCUUCACAAUCAUUUCCCGAUUCUCUAUCGCGCAUGAGAAUCCGCACGAUGUGUGAAAGGAUUAGCGUUUCUGGUGUUGGUAACCAUAGUUUUGUGUCAAAGUUGAUGAACUGAUGACAUAUAUUAAUUAUCGAACCUUGCUACUUAUUUGUAAUAGUAUCUUUGAAACCAAACUUCAUUUAAUAUUAACUUGUGAAUUAGUUUCUUUAAUAUCUCGACUUCAUAUUACACAUUGCAAAUUGUGGUCGUCAUACAAAAACAAAAAUCGCGCGCCAAAUUCGAAUAUAAUACACGCCAAGACAGCAUUCGAGGCGCAUCAAUGGAUGACGUUCAAGCGACUGUUUGCGCACAACAUAGAUGAUAAGAAAAAUUGGUAUGCAUACAAAUUGAUACAAUAAGUCGCUUGUUAGUAAAACAUUCAAGUGUUUUCCAUCAGAGAUUAAACGGGUCAAACUUGAAGACUUGCGAGACGAAGAAGGUCGCCAAGUUUCGCAUCGCCGUUUCUUUGCCAGGGUGACUAAAGACGUUAUCACUGGCACGACAGAGUUAUGUUCUCGACGCUUGGGGCAAGUAAGGCAUUCGAAUCAAUCCUAUCAGAGCAAAGUCGGAUGCUGUUGUCCUAAAUUUUUAUAAUGAAAUCACAUCGUAUUAUGCAUGAAUGGUAUUAUUUGUAUAUGAUAUUGGGGUUACGUACAGCGCUCUAUACAGUAGGUCUGUAUUAUCGUAGUUAUAAUUCAACAAACCUUAUUUCUGCGCGAAUUGUACUGAUUAGAACCGGGCAGCCAAACAGUGAAAUAGAAUGUAAUCAACAGACCGCAAACAGUACAAGAAAUAUUAUUGUUUUUAAAUAACUGUGCAUGCAAACGCUAAAGCUAGCGCAAAUUUGUGUUUAUAUUAUAAAGACCAAUUUAGUGGAGACUCUCGUGUGCAGAAAGAUGCAGUCAUCUUUUGCUGACAGGUUAAGAAGAUGCAGUCAUCUUUGCUUAAUCAGUUGAAUCUAAAUUUUUAUAAUAUAAUAACCCACCUAAUAUGCAUGAAUCAUUGUAUAUGAUAUUGCGGUUGCAGCUACUGUACAAUAGGCUAUAUAUACAAUACAGUAGGUCUGUAUUAUCAUAAUUAUAAUUUAACAAACUUUAUUUCUGCGCGAAUUGUACUGAUUAUAACCGGCCAGCCAAACAGUGAAAUAGAAUGUAUAUAUCAAAAGACCGCAAAGUGAAACAGUAUACAGUGACGAAAUAUUUUUGUUUUUAAAUCACUGUGCAUGCAAAUGCUAAAACUAGCGCAAAUUUGUGUUUAUAUUAUAAAGACCAAUUUAUAGUGGAGACUCUUGUGUUCAGAAAGAUGCAGUCAUCUUUUGCUGACAGGUUAAGAAGAUGUAGUCAUCUUUGCUUAAUCAGUUGAACCUAAAUUUUUAUAAUAUAAUAACACAUCCCAUUAUGCAUGAAUCAUUGUAUAUGAUAUUGCGGUUGCAGCUACAUACGGUAGCUAUAUAGGUCUGUAUUAUCAUAGUUAUAAUUCAACAAGCCUUAUUUCUGCGCGAAUUUACUGACUAGAACUGGCCAGCCAAAUAGAAUGUAUAGCUAUAUCAAGAGACCGAAAACAGUACACGAAAUCUUUUUGUUUUAAAAUCAGUUUGCAAACGCCAAAGCUAGUGCAAAUUUGUGUUUAUAUUAUAAAGACCAAUUUAGCGGAGACUCUUGUGUUCAGAAAGAUGCAGUCAUCUUUUGCUGACAGGUUAAGAAGAUGUAGUCAUCUUUGCUUAAUCAGUUGAACCUAAAUUUUUAUAAUGAAAACACAUUCCGGUAUGUCACGAGUUCUAUGCAUGGCAUUGGUAUAUAUGCAGAUAUUCAUAACUCAUUAAGUCUUUCUGCGCGAGUUGCAACUACAUGGCAUGGCUAUUUUCAUUUAGAAUCUAACCAAAUAAAACCUAUAUGGGAUAUAGCUGAAUACCAUCACGUUAACAGGCUUCUGUAAGCAAAUGUAAGCAAUUAUUGUAUUGCAUUUCACGGGAUUUCACAAGACUAGUAACUUAUUUCUAAAUAUUGAACUAAACGCCACAUGCUAAUUUUCAUAUACCCACUGCGAACAGAACCAGAUUGAUGACAGCUUUGCCUAUUAAUUUUGUUGGGAUUAGACAUAAUUGCAUCCGGCGAACUGCACAAAUUUUGUGCAGUUGACACCUUUUUUCGGCCAUGCGGAUUCUCAUGCAAUGAUUCGGUCACGCAAUAUUAGGCUAUACACAUAUUUCGCGCUCUCGUGAGUGUAGCCUGUGUAGAAGUGAGUAUAAACAUCGAUAUGCUUGUUGACGGAUCGAUAUUUAUUACACAGUAGCAGAAAUAGCUUACAGUUAUAACUUUAGACUAUAUACUUUUAAACAAACCUUCAAAAUGAACAAGAAAUCCAUGUAAAUGCUUCUAUAGCCAACGCAAUGAUUCAGUCACGCAAAAUUAUAAACAUAUUUCGCGCGUCCCCGAGUUAUGUUAACUUUCAUGCCCAGUUUUCUCUAACUACUGUUCGACUCACAGGUUUAUGACCGGUUUACAUCCAUCGGAGCGCAGUAUCGUCCGGUUUACUCUCAUUGAGAAAACUCUGACCACCGGUUUACUCAUAAUUGCGGGCGGUUAUGUGUGAUUCAUGCAAUGUUUCAGUCCACGACCCACGACGAUACAUUAGCAGAUUAUUUGUCUAGUAUUACAACAUUUCGUAAAAGGAAACCAACGUGAUAAGUCCUUAAUUAAUUUAAGUAAGUGGGUCUAAAUACGCUCGGUAAUCCAUAAUCAAAUUUCAAUAGCGUAAUAAAUCAGACAACAUCAAUUUUAUGAAACAGAAUAUUCUUUAAAUUAGUCAUAUACAUGGAAGGUUAUCGAUUUUCUUUCUUUAGAAAAUCUGACAGGUUUAUAUAAACCUGUCAAACCUGUCUGAAUCCGCCCCUGGGAAUCCAUGGUAUGCUAACUUGGUAUCUGCCGUCUUCUUGUCUGAUUAUGUUCUCUCGAAACUCAGCAAGCACUUGCAUUUGGUCAUUUUCACCACGGUCUUCAACUCCGAGAACAUCAAGACUAUAUAACUGUUCGUAAUCGUAAAUUUCUCUAGUGAACAUACAUGCAUCGCUCGAAUAAUCCUCACCACCAUCUAUGACCCAUCCGAAUGUUGUCUCCUCCACAAGGGGAUCUCCGGGAUUUCCUUUGUAAACUUUCUCAGUUCGUAUCCUGCUGUAUGUGCCAUCACCGAGUAUGAGAUGUGUAAUAUUAACAGUGGCGAAGCCAGCGGUCAUGCAGGUCAUGCAGUGCAUGACUAAAAAUUUCCCAAAAAAUGUUUAAAAAUCAGUUCAAUAUAAUUGUUUACAAUAGAAUUAUACUUUAUCUCUGCACUUCUACGCCUAAGUAUUUUAUCUACUAUUUUGUUUACCCAAAUCAAUGGUCUUUAGGCGAUAUUCUUGCUAAAUAUUCUCGUAUGUUAUUGAUUUUGGCUUUGUUACCUUGGCAACUGAGCUGUCCUGCAUAUUUUCACAUGCAUGACUGGUUGCGUAAGCGCGUGGAAAAAGAUUGCGUGUGAUUGCUGCGUGGUUUGCUCGCUGUGUGUUUUGGUCAUGCACUUUCAGAAUUUCAUGACUAGCUGUAUUAUUUUAUAUUAAGUUUGUUGGUUUCUGAUUGGCUUACGACGUUCGCGCACGCGCAAUGCGGCUGUUUUUGACGCCUUGGUCAUGCAAUUUUCGAUUUGCAUGACUAAACGGGCAACACAACCUGAUCACAGCCUCUUCGCUCGAAGCUUUCAGCCUGAAUGAACACGUUUUCAGGUCAUUCAAGCAUGUCGACUUCUUCUUUACUCGAAGCUAACGAUAUUGUUUGGGAAUUGGUGAAGAAACCAUUUUUUGCAGAGCAGAAUAUUAUUGUUUAUAAGCAGAGACAAACGCCAGGUCUUUCGCCAUGCCCGAUCGGGAAGGUUUUCAAAUGUCGUGGUAUUCAAAGAAAGAAUGGCUUAGCCAGUCAGGUUUAGGCUAAAUAAGCUAUUGUCUAUUGGUAUUUAGUUAUUAUUACAUGUAUUUUGUCUUGAAUAUUUAAGCCUUCAACCCGAGCAUAGCCGUAUAAAGCAUCGAACGCUAUAUACUAUAUGAAAUACAAUGUCAAUGUCGAGGUCAAUGUACGUAGUAAACAAUGUAGUUCUAUAAAUAGCGCUGCAAAGCUUAUACAUUUCAACACGCAACACAAACAUUUUAGCGAUUGUGAUUUAGCAACAUAUUUGAUAUAUACAGGGUGUCUAAAAAAACCCCAAAAUCAUUGAAAUAACGUAUUGUUCGAAUUUCAAUGCCGUAACACAAAGGAUUCUGACAGGGUGAUUAAUUUGUUUUAAAAAAUUAAAAUAUCUUUGUAAAGUGAACGUUUGUUUGCUCAUGGGAAUUUAAAAAUGCUUCGUAAAUUCGUGGGUUUAGUACUUUAUGCCUGACAUAACAAGUUUACGCUGAGUAUUACCAUUCAUUAUAGCAGUUAUGUCAAUCUUUUAUGCACUCGUGGGAUUAACUUAGUGCUAGGGCAUUGAAUAUCGAACAAUACGUCAAUUUCAAUGAUUUUGGGUUUUUUUGAGACACCCUGUAUACUUGUUUGUGAAACAAACAAAGAAAUUUCAAUAUAUAUUGUUAAAUUGUAUUUACCAUUUGGUACAUACUCCCUGUGCGUUCGAAAAUAUCCAAUAUUGGCAAUAGCCAAUAAGGGGCGGACCAUUAGAAAAGUGAUGGGGACAAAAAUAAAGUUCGAGCAGGGAAAAUAGAAAGUAAAAAACUUCGUGCAAUAGAAAUGUCUGAAAAAAAAAUUCGUGUAAUUAUACCCUACUUUUCUUUGUCCUGUAACUCUACUCAAACAUCUGAUAAUGCUUAAUUCAUUUCUGUAUGUAAUAUUGUAAUAAUUGGGCAUUGAUUUUAAAUUAAGGAAAUUGAUCAAGGCUCGUGCGUUAUAUUUUCCAAGUCAUGCAUAUUAUAUCUAUAUUCUAGAUUAUACUGACUGUAUUAGCAGCUAUUUGUCAUUAGCUGUCAUUAUGUUCCGUUAGUAUAUGUGGUAAAAUUGUAUCUAGUUCUGGAAAUGUGAAAACUCUUCAGACUUCACGUUGGAAUACUACAAGGGGAUAGCAUAUCAAAGUAAUCAAUUAAAAAUUGAUAAUACAGACAUGCAUAUAAUAUUUUCUGAUCGAAAAGAAAUGCACAAUUGCCGGUAUGACUAUAAUUAGUGGAACAGCAGACCACAGAUUUCCUAUUAUUGUGGCCUGAAAUAUGCCAAAAUAUCCACAUUUUCCCGUCAUUAGAUCAAGCUAUUUUCUGAAUUUGAUGCUCAGAUUGUUGCAAAUGGCGUUUCUGGGGUCUAUAUUUCAAAAAUUUUCCGGGGGGGGCAUGCCCCCGGACCCACCUAGGAUGUCUCACGCCUUCGGCGCUCGUUUGCAUGACCACUCACACGACGCUGGCUUCGCCACUGGUAAUAUAUUAAGGUUCAUAUUAGCAUAAUUUAUGCAUAUCCCAUAAUGCUGUAUGGGAAUAAAAGAAGUGUGUUGUAACUCGACCACGUUGUUUGUUUUGCUUAUAUUCUUAUACUAAAACAAGUCUCAGUAUACUACAUUUGGCGACGAGGAUGCUCAAAGUUGCGUGAGAUACCCUCGCAGUAGUGGGAAAAGUUUGGAAGUAAGAAAUUUAUUAAAUCUGAUAACUGAACAUCGAAAUGGCAACAGCCGGAGGACUGUUCGGCCAUGUUGGCGAGUUCAAUUCCGAAUGAGAGACAUUUAAAUCCUAUGUGGAAAGAAUGGAAAUGUUUUUUACGGCAAACAACAUUGUAGAGACACCAGGUGAAGAAAAUGAAGGGGCUAAUCAACUUGUCAAGGACAGGAAACGUGCCAUUUUUCUAACUGAGAUUGGAACGGAUGUAUAUUCCACAUUAAGUAAUUUGUUGGUGCCAGCGAAGCCAAAAGACACGUCUUUGGCUAACAUAGUUCAAGCACUAGAGAAGCAUUUUAACCCAGCACCGUUGGAGAUCGCUGAAAGUUUUCAUUUUGGAACACGUAGUCAAAAACCCGGUGAGUCAAUUGGUGAAUAUGUAGUGGCAUUAAAAAAACUUUCCAUUCAUUGUAAUUUUGGGGAAUUUUUAAAUCGAGCAUUACGAGAUCGCUUUGUAUGUGGGCUAAACAACGUCAAGAUACAGAACAAACUGUUGACCACCGAAAAUAUCACAUUCGACAAAGCCUGUCAGAUUGCGAAGUCUAUGGAGAUGGCUGAAAGGAACACGCAAGAGUUUCAUCCAACUACUAGUGCCAGUGCUUCCAGUGAAGGGACGGUGAACCAAAUAGAAAGCAAGAUAAAUGACGAGCAAGCAUGCUACAGGUGUGGUGGAAAUCAUACUGCAAAAACUUGUAGAUUUAAAACAGCAAAAUGCUUUAAAUGUACAAAAAUAGGUCAUAUAGCGUCAGUGUGUCGUAGUAAAACCAGUAAGGAGGUUAAGCCUGGUUCAACAUCCAAACACGGACAAGCAGAUAGAGGUAACAUUCAAAAUUUAUCAUUGUACGAUAGUAAUAACGAUAAUGUCAAUAGUGAUGAAUUAGGUGUUUAUUCUUUAUAUUCAGUAGAGUCAGAGAACUAUUCUCAUAAGAGAUAUAAUGUAGAACUAUCUCUUAAUGGGGUGGUGUGCGACAUGGAGAUUGACACCGCUGCUGAUUUCUCGAUAAUGAGUAAAAGCAUGUAUGAUCAGAAGUUUAGUCAUUUUCCACUUUAUCCGUCAGCUGUAAAAUUGAAGACCUACACCGGCAAGAUACUUCAGGUAAGUGGUGAGAUGAAAUGUGAGAUUGUGUACCAAAAUAAGACUUUUAGGUUGCCAAUUGUGAUAGCUAACUAUGUAGGGAAACCCACUCUACUAGGUAAAAAUUGGCUUGCCCAGAUGAAGUUAGAUUGGGGCAGGGUUUUUAGCAUAAAAAUGUCAGAGCAAAGUAAUGCUAGAGACCAACUUAAUGUGUUACUGUCAAAGUACAAAAACAUGUUUGAAGACAGCUAUGAAGGAAUGAAAGGGUUUGAAGCACAUAUCACUAUGAAAGACGGGGCAAGGCCAGUGUUUGUUAAGCCACGUAAAGUUCCUUAUGCACUGAAAGAGGCUGUAGAAGCGGAGUUAGAAAAACUUGAGAGAAAUGAUGUGAUAAAAAAAAACUGAGAGGCCAAAGUGGGCAAGUCCAGUAGUAGUUGUACCAAAGGCCGAUAAGUCUAUACGGUUGUGUGGAGACUAUAAGGUAACAAUAAACCAGUCGGUGCAAGACGAGCAGUAUCCUCUUCCCACUACACAGGAUUUGUACACUAUGCUAACAGGGUCUAAAGUUAUUAGUAAACUCGAUUUAUCUCAUGCAUAUGCUCAGCUAAAUGUUGAUAAAGAGAGUCAAGAGUAUCUUACAAUAAACACACAUAAAGGGUUGUAUAGCUACACUAAGUUACCUUAUGGGGUUAAAUCUGCACCUAAGAUAUUUCAGUCUAAAAUGGAUCAGAUUCUCCAAGGGAUAGAGAAAUGUGUGUGUAAGCAGGAUGACAUUCUUAUUGGUGGGAAUGACUGGAGAGAGAAUCUGAAGAUAUUAGGUGAGGUUUUAGAAAGAUUAUGUCGGCAUAAUGUACACUUAAAACAGUCAAAAUGUGAGUUUUAAAACCAGAAGUUGUGUACCUAGGUCUUAAAAUUAAUGAAAAGGGCUUGCACCCGGUAGAGGAGAAAGUGGAUGUCGUUAGGAAGGCGCCUGUGCCAUCUAACGUCAGUGAGCUAAGAUCUUUCUUGGGUAUGGUACAAUAUUAUCAUUCAUUUCUUCCUAAUUUGGCAACAACCUUAGCACCUUUGCAUAAGCUUUUUAAAAAAGAUGUCCAGUGGAAUUGGACGUCCGAAUGUCAAAAAGCUUAUGAUGUUUGUAAACAAAGUCUUACUAGUGAUAUCCUGUUAGUACACUACGAUUUAAAUAGGAAAUUAAGACUUGCUUGUGAUGCAUCAAGUUACGGACUUGGUGCCGUUCUGAGUCAUGUGAUGGACGAAGACCAAUUGCUUAAGCAUCUCGCACACUUAGUCAAACUGAGAAAAAUUAUGCCCAAAUUGAGCGUGAGGCAUUGUCGAUAGUGUUCGGGGUAAAAAAAUUUCACCAGUUUCUGUAUGGUCGAAAUUUUACAUUGAUCACAGAUCACAAACCACUAUUGGCAAUUUUGGGCCCUAGGUCUGCAAUUCCCACACUUGCUGCUGCAAGGAUGCAAAGGUGGGCAUUGUACUCUCUGCCUAUGACUAUGUGUAGAAUACAAAUCAUCUGAAAAACAUGCUAAUUGUGAUGCACUCUCUAGGUUGCCACAUCAAAACUCAACUAUAGGUAGUGAGAGUGCAAUCUACCAGGUAAGUGCAAUCGAUGAUGAUUUUCCAAUUACUGCAAAAGAUAUUGGGAAGGCAACUAAAGUUGAUUCUGUUCUCUGUAAAGUAUAUUAUUAUGUCAUGUCAGGUUGGCCUGAGAAUUGUCAGGAUGAAAAUCUGAGACCAUAUCAUAACCGAAAGCUGGAAUUAUCCUGCGAACAAGAUUGUGUUCUGUGGGGCUCCAGAGUGGUUAUUCCACCAGUUUUUAGAGAGAAAAUGCUCAAUGAAUUACAUUGGGAACAUCCAGGUGUAUGCGGAAUGAAAGCAAUUGCUCGCACCUGUGUUUGGUGGCCCAAGAUGGAUGAGGAUAUUGAGAGGGCUGUGAAAGCUUGCACAGUGUGUCAGUCGGUAAGAAACACCCCUCCUCAUGCACCACUGAUACCAUGGAAAUGGCCGACCAGACCAUUUCAACGUGUUCAUAUUGAUUUCUGUCAAGAAGGUAAGGAUUAUUUUCUUGUGGUAAUUGACAGCCACUCAAAAUGGAUUGAAGUAAAACAUAUGACCUCUACUACUACCCAACGUACUCUUGAUGAGCUUCGAUUGAUCUUUGCUGUUUAUGGUUUGCCAGAGGAGGUAGUGUCCGACAAUGGACCUCAAUUUACUGCAACUGAGUUUGUCGAGUUCAUGACUAAAAAUGGAAUCAAGCACACAUUAGUCCCCCCAUAUCAUCCGCAAUCAAAUGGGGCAGCGGAAAGGUCCGUGAGAGUGGUUAAAGAAGCUUUAGCCAAACAAGUUAUUCAAGGCACCCAAGGCGUGUCUAUGAAACAUAGACUGGCAAAUUUUCUCCUUAGGUAUCGAACCACUCCUCACAGCACCACAGGUGUGUCGCCAGGAGAGUUGAUGAUGAAGCGCCGUUUGAGAACAAGGUUGAGUUUGGUUAAACCUGAUCUAGCACAGGUCGUAGAGGGAAA